CAUCAUCAUCAUCAUCUUGAUAAGUUUUUUCGAUGUCGUCUCCGACUUAUCACUCAAACCCUAAUCGAAACACAGUCAUCUUAUGCAAAUACUUAGCGUUCUUCGGCCUUUUCGCCGUCUUCUUCCUCGUACUCUUCUUCAACCAAACACUCAUAAUCUCACAACCUCUCAACACUAACAUCUUCACCAUCAAAUGCCAAGAGAAACAACACCCUUCGCCACUUCCAGACGAGACAGCGCCGACAAACAUAAGCCACUUGAUGUUCGUUCUGGUCGGGAGCUCAGGCGCUUGGAAGAACCGCAAGACUUACAUCGAGUCAUGGUGGAGACCGAACGUGACACGUGGCAACAUCUUCUUGGACGUCGAGCCAUCGGAAGAGUUCAGGCCUUGGUCUCCGACUUUCCCUCCUUUCCAAGUCAACGAAGACAUCAGGAAACUCAAGAUCUUCCCCAAACUCGCGAACCCUAUUCACAUUCGGAUCUACAGAUCCAUUCUUGAAACGUAUAGGCUCAAACGCGACGAGGGUGUGAGAUGGUACGUGAUGGGAGACGAUGACAGUCUCUUCUUCGUGGACAACAUAGUCGACGUCUUGUCCAAAUACGACCACACGAAAAGGCAAUACAUCGGGAUGUAUUCGGAGACCAUAAGAUCGAAUUUCGCGUUCUCGUUCGAGAUGGCGUACGGAGGAGGAGGAUACGCAUUGAGCUACCCUCUCGUCGAGGCUUUGGCGACCAAAUUGGAUGAAUGCGUUGAGAGGUAUCAUUUCAUAUGGGCAGGUGAUCAGUUACAAAGUGCCUGUUUGGCUGAUCUCGGCGUUAAUUUCAUCCCCGAGAAAGGGUUUCAUCAGAUGGAUGUUCAUGGGGACUUAUCAGGCCUCCUCUCGUCCCACCCGACGGCUCCUCUGCUCAGCCUCCACCACUUCGACGUCCUGACUCCGCUCCGGCCUGGCUCGGUGGUUCAUCUCAUGAAGGCAGCCGACGUGGACCAAUCCCGUAUUCUCCAGCAGUCUAUCUGCCACGUCAGACCCAUGAACUGGACGUUCUCUGUCUCUUGGGGAUAUUCAGCUCACGUGUACGAGAAUAUAUUCCCACGUAGCCACUUGAUGCGUCCCAUCGAGACGUUUCGCCCAUGGAUCAAUGGGAGACCGCCUGUGUUCAUGUUCAAUACGAGGCCGGUGUCCCAAGAUCCUUGUGAAGCUCCCCAUUGGUUCUUCUUCGACUCGAUCGAGAACAAACCCGAAGAAACUCGGGUGAUUACUUCUUACGCAAGGAAGUUCCCGAGAAACUUACCUCCCUGCUCCUUCACCGGAAACAUUUCCGCAGAUCCCAUCGCCACGAUCCGGGUUUUCUCCCCCAAGAUUGGCAAGGAAGCGAGGCGAGUGGAGUGUUGCGACGUAGAGUAUGGGGGUAAGGGUGUUGCGGAGAUUAGGAUGAGGGAUUGUGGUACGGACGAAGUGAUUGCCUGAUU